AUGACCACAAAAACAGACGGAUAUUUCCAUGAUGACGCCUACGACACAGGUAAACUGCGCGUCAGCACCAUCCACACCCUCCACUACGAACAAUAUGGCAACCCCAGCGGCAAACCAGUCCUCUUCCUCCACGGCGGUCCCGGUGGCUCAACCUCCAAAUCCAACACUAAAUUCUUCAACCCCAGUCGCUACCGCGUCGUCCUCUUCGACCAGCGCGGUUGCGGCCGCUCCACUCCCCUCGCCGAACUCCGCGAAAAUACAUCCCAGCAUCUCAUCGGGGAUAUCGAGACUCUACGCAAACAUCUGUCCAUCCCGAAGUGGGACCUUGUCUUUGGAGGGUCAUGGGGUUCAGCUCUUGCGUUGCUCUACGCACAGGCUUUCCCCAAAAUGGUUACAUCCAUGAUCCUCCGUGGUGUUUUCACUGCUCGAAGGAGCGAGCUGGAAUUCUCAAGAGGGAAGAGUGGUGCGGCAAGAAUCUUCCCAGAGGAGUAUGAUCGGUUUGUUAGCUUUAUCCCUGAGAAUGAUCGAGAGGAGAAAGGUGUUAUUGCAGCGUAUUAUGAUUUACUUAUCGAGGACGACCGCGAGAAGCAGUUGGCGGCUGCGCGGGAGUGGAACCGGUGGGAUCUGAGCAUCGGGGCGUUACUUCGGAGCCCUAAUACAUUUGAAAAACUGGAUGAUGAUGAUUGGGUGUUGUCGCAUGCGCGGCUUGAGGCGCAUUAUUUUGUGAAUGCCGCGGAGGAGGGGCAGAUUUUGAGGGAGGAGAAUUUGGAGAGGAUUCGGCAUAUUCGGACGACGAUUGUUCAGGGACGAUAUGACGUUGUUUGUGCGCCGCAGACGGCGUGGGAGCUGCACAAGGGCUUGCCAGACUCAAGGCUGUUUUGGGUUGCUGAUGCAGGCCAUGCUGCUACUGAACCUGCGACGCAGGCAAAAUUAAUAGAGGUCUGCGAUAGCUAUUAG